UUGCCCCAGCAAAAUUUAUUGGCGAAUUUAUACAAACUGGCAAAUCAAACCUUCUGUCAAAAUAUGUAUACCGAUGCUCUUGUGAACUUAGAGUGGAAUCAAAUGGAACGAGAUUAUGGUAACGACGAUGAACCAAGGCUUGCUGACGACUCAGUUCCGAGCUGAUGGCAAAAAACAGCUCGCAUUGCACAAUUUUGGUAGAUAGUUCUAUCACAGGGGACCUAAGCUCACAGCACGAAACGAAUGUGAACGUGACUAGCGGUGUUGUGUUACAUAGACGUCAUUUUAGAGAGGAUUGUUUGGGAACCUUGCCGUAUUUUUUGUGUAAAACAAAUGUUUUGGUUUCGGCAAGUAAUUUCUGUUUGAUGUUACACUCCUCACAUUUUAAACUCUACGAAACUGUUUUCACGGCAUAAGACAAUGGUAAACAUCGAAGAAUAUAACAAGGCCACAGGAUACGUAGAUUUUUUUGCACAAAACAUUUGACAUCUUCAAGGAAAAGUGUUGAGUUUUCAUAAAAACCCUCGUAAAUGGUGUUUUUGCAACACAACAGCGCUUGCAGGUUCUUGAAGGCAAGAAUCACGCUCACGUUCGUUUGUGUCACGAGCAUGUAGAUCUUAGGAGGAAAAAGUCACGUUCAUGUUCGUUUCGUGGAGCUUGGGAUGCCUGUGAUUUAAAAAAAAAAAAAAAAACCUGCCUUACUAGUCUUGUUUUAUCCACAUUCUUAUUAAUAUCGUGUAGCAGAUACUAAAUAUGCACAGAGACUAAAUAUACAUUUGUUCUGUAUUGAUCGCUUUUGUUUCCAAGAUUUGCCUUUUUGUUUGUGGAUCACCCCAAGAUGUCUGCAACACCACCUCUGGCUUUAAUAUUCACACAAACGUGUUAUAACGAAACACCAAGGACACAAAUCAAAAUGUGCCUGAAGUUUGUAGAGUUAACUCUUUAUACUGGCAAGACGUAUCAGAAUAUUUGCACCGCUUCAUUGGCUCUAUUAAGGUCACCAGCUGUUUUUGAUGUACAUUUACAUAUACCAAACCACGAGAGUACCAAAGCGUUCUUUGCGUCGGUCGUCAAGCCGUUCAGCUAUUGCCCUCUAUUUUUUCUCCUUCUUUUGAUGAAGAUCCCCAAGGUCAGGUGUGCAAAUAAAAAAUAGAAUUGCCUUUUAGAAAUGUUUUUACUGAUGUUAAACAAUAGAAUAUUAUGCGAACAGACAAAUAAUUUUAUUACCGAAUGCACUCGAAGAAAUCCAUCUGUCACGCAAUCAAGCACACGAGAAUAAUUUUAUGCGUUCGUGGACACGUGUUCUGCGUGGAAAAUAGACAUCAAAUCAUAACGCACCGUGAUGUCUUCAAAGAAUGUUAUCACAAUCGGUCGACUCGUUCGGAAGUGCCUUAGAAAAGCGUAUUUUCUUCCACAAAAACCCUCGUCGUACUCUAAAGGAUACAGGUUCUUAAACGACAAAAAAUACUGGACGUACGAUUGUCCACCGUCUCCUUUGUACUUCGAUCGCCUUCUGUCGCCAUUUCGUCAUCUUCCCGCAGCCGGAAACGAAAUUCCUAUAAUAAUGGAGUGUACACCUGAAUCGUACUUGCUGGAGCACUGGAAAAAAUGGCUUCCGGCUUUUCCUCCCGUUGUUAUUAAAUCACUGGACGAAGGCCUGAGAGAUGAUGUUCCUGUCAUUACCACGGCGGCGCUGGAAGCCCUCCCAGAACACAAGCAUAGUGUACCUCCCGAUCUUUUAUACGAACUGCAGCUUAAGAGCACCAUUCUCGAAUUAGGGGUCCCAUUUCCACGACAUCUAGCCAAAGACGCUAUUACAUAUCCUUGCGCUGUUAAAGCUGAUAUGAGCGUCGGUGGGCGCGGGAGCUGGCUUGUCAAAAACGAAAGGGAAUUGUCGGAUACACUUCGGCAAAUUAAAGAUGUGUGCAAUUGGAAAGGAGGGACUCUGUUUCAAGAAUACAUUCCAGGGGUUAAAGAAGUGCCUAGCUUCCAAUUUUAUCUGCACAAAUCCGGCGAACUCUUUUGGGUCGGCACAACAACUGGUGGAUUUACUGGAUGCUUUUCAUGGACUACCGGAUCAGUGGACUGGGACAAGCAAGAAGAGUAUGAAAACCUUGUGUACAAAGAGUUCACAUUACCCAUAAAAGAUUACCUGCAAAGGCGAGGCUUCUUUGGCCUGGUCACUUUUGAGGUGUUAAUUACAGAUCAUGGAAAGUACCUGGUGGAUGUAAACCCAAGGAUAGGAGGUGACACCACACACUUGUUACUUGCUCGUCACAUGGCUUUAGAUAUUGGCUUCAAGCAUUCAGCAAUUUUUUGUAAAAAUAAGCAUCCCAACAUAACUGCAAAGGAACUAGUUACAAGGGCAAAUGCCAGCAACAAGCAAGAUGAAGGAUUAACUGUUGUACUAUCAGUUGCCGAUGCUGAAGUAGGGUGCGAGUCAUAUGUGUCUGUUUUUGCAAGGACACCAGAUGCAGUACAAGCUCUUUUUUACAAUUUGAAUAACUGAUUGAUGAAUCAUGGUUCAUUAACCUUCAUUAAUAUUCAUUACAGCAAUCGGUCAGUUGUCAUUUAAAAAUGAAAUGAUAAUUUGUAGGUUACAAUAUUUUAAAUCUAUUAGUAAGUUGGAAAGUCUUUCUUUCUAAUGUUAUUUAAGGAGAAAGUACAGAAAAGCCUACCUGCUGCAAUAUUUGAUUGAAUCUGUUGAUCAUAAAAGACUAAUUUAUAAUUUAUUUUGUCUUUGCCACAUAAGUAAUUCAGAAGAUCACCCCGGCAGUUUUUCACUUAGUAGUCAACACGUCAACACUUUUUGACUGCAGAACAACUCAUAAAUUUGCUACAAUAUUUUUGAUACUUACUCCCUGAGGCAGAGCUGAAUGAUGUACACACAUAUGCUAGUUUUGCUGCGGAAACACGGAUGAGUCAUUCGCAUGAAUGAUUUCCUAUUCUGUUGCUUCAGGUGUUGUUUUCCUUGCCGCUUUUCUUUUACAGAACAACUGCCAAA